UUUGGGACAUCAUAUCCUAAUACCCAACACUACGAGCAGGAAAUCCGUGGAAAACAAGGAAUACCAAACGACUCCUUAACGUAACCUAACUUUAUUUAUAUCGCAAAGGUCGUCUGUGUUGACUCCGCGUAAUCCUUAGCCCACAAGCAUCUUUUUUUUCCUUUCCGACCAGAGCCCCUCUCUCUUUCUCUCAUUCUUCGAAGAGUUAAUUUCAUGGAAUUGUUUUUGGGAUCAGUUAAGAAGAAGCUGCUGUUUGUUUCGCCCCUUUAUUCAUCUUCAGUUGAAAAUUUUGGUUUUUGGAUACCCAUUUUACAUCGUUGAGAUUUUGUUCGUCCUUGUAGCGGUUCUUUCUGACCUAGAUUCAGCAAAAUAAAGCAACUCGAGGAUAUUUAAUUGGUUUUGGAUUUGACUCUUCGUCAUGGGUAGAAGAAGGUCGUCAAAGAAAAACUCUGCUAUGCUUGAUAGUGAUGAUACAGAAAGUUUGGGCUCGUCUUCAUCAUCUAUGCUGGGUAAUAUUGUUGAGUCUGUUAAUGGGGAAGUGCUGGUGGAUAAGGAUACUUUGCUUGAUGAAAGUCUAGAUGCUUUGUAUGAGAAGAGAGGAUCUACUAGACAGAAGGCUUUGGCAUCAAUAAUUGAAGCUUUCAACAGCAGCUUACAGCAUGAGUUUGUUGAAAAGAAGUUUGCUACAUUGCUGCAUCAGUGCUUGAAUUCGAUCAAGAAGGGUUCUGCAAAGGAGGUUACACUGGCGUGUCAUGCAAUAGGUCUUUUAGCUCUGACCAGCGGUCCUGGUGAGAAAGCACAUGAGAUUUUGGAAGAAUCAGUCCCCACUAUAUCAGAAGCUCUUAGAAUUAGACCCGAAACAUCUAAGAUAUUAUCUUUGCUUGAGUGUCUCGCUAUCAUUACUUUCGUCGGCGGUGAAGAACCCGAACAAACAGAGGAAUCAAUGCAAAUAAUGUGGCAGAUGGCUCAUCCGAAAUUGGGUCCUAAUGUGGCUGCUGCUAAACCUUCGCCAGCAAUAAUAACAACAGUGGUCUCUGCCUGGUCAUUUCUUCUUACUACAAUAAGUGGCAGGGAACUGAAUGGCAUGAGUUGGCAAGAGUCGGUGUCUUAUUUAUCAACACUGCUGGAUAAAGACGACAGACAGUUACGCAUCGCGGCUGGUGAAGCUCUUGCAUUAAUAUUUGAAGUCGGGAACCUUGAGAAGUUCUGUGGAGAAACUAAGCUUAGUUUCUCCAAUGAUGAGCAGAAUAGCUUGAGGAAAUCAAUGUUCAUGCACGGGUUAAAGAAUAAAGUACUUAAUCAAGUGCGUAGUCUUUCGUCUGAGGCCAGUGGCAAGGGUAGUGCAAAGAAAGACCUUAAUAAUCAGAGGAACACAUUCCGAGAUAUUCUGGAAUUUAUUGAGGAUGGUUAUACUCCCGUGACCUCGAUGAAGAUUGGUGGAGAGUCUUUACACACAAAUACAUGGGCUGAGUUGAUACAGUUGAACUUUCUGAAGCAUUUUCUUGGAGGAGGAUUUGUUAAGCACAUGCAGGAUAAUCAGUUUCUGCAUGAUGUCUUUGGUUUUGUGCCCAAGAAAAAGUUGCUAUCAGGGGAUCGUAUUUCUGUGGCUGAAAAGAGGAUGUAUAGGUCGCCAAACUCGAUCCUUAGCAAAGCAAGGACACAAUUACUUAACAAACAACGGAUGUUAUCUCAGGAUAAAAAUGCUGGUCACUUUGCUGUUGGUUUGGCUGAGGGUUAAACUCUGUAUUAAGAGCUUUUGGUUUAUUGUAUCAGCUAUUGCGCCCUCCUAUGUAACAUUCGAAAUAAGUCAGUUCUUGUUGCCAUUUUUUUGUUCGUCCUUGGGCAACUAUUAUUUCCAAGGCAUCCAAAGGGCCACCCUUUACAGUCAUGAAUUAGAACGGAUGUGGAGAGUUCCCCCACAUUAUAAUUAUUGUUCACACUCAUUAUUGUGGCAAAUUUAUUAUGGUAAUUUGUUGCUUGCAUAGCAAGCAGGUUUUACUUUCUUGCUGUCAUCAUAUAUGUAAGUAGUAGAUUUUAGUUAACCAUUGAUCAAUGGUAAUUUUGACACUGAGGCAUAUUAAUGGUAAUUUUUACUGUUAGUAUGUUCUGA